AUCCUCUACAUCUUUGGUGGGACGGUAGAUUCUGCUUUCACACAGAAGAAGACUCCUCUCUGGCUAUAUGAUACUGAUUCAGCCAAGUGGCUUCAGUGCCAGCUCACAGCAGUAGAGGGUGAGGGAACAGCUCCUACUAACCGCAAGGGCCACAGUGCAGUUGUCUACAGGGGCAGCAUGUAUAUGUAUGGUGGAUACAUUGACAUUAAAGGUGUUUCCCAAGAAUUCUGGACUUUUUGUUUUGAUACAAAACAGUGGUUCCCUGUACCAGCCACUCUGUAUGGUGGCAGUCCAGGCCCCCGGCAUGGUCAUGCAGCUGUGGUUUACGGCCAUGGCAUGUACUUGUUUGGAGGGCUGAUGGGACUGAAUGAGCAAAAGGACUUCUGGAAGUGGGAUUUCAUAGCUACCAACUGGUCUAGCAUCAGAAACAGCCAGGGGCCUCCCAAAGUGGUGGGACACUCUGCUUUAAUCUUUCAAGACUCCAUGCUAGUAUUUGGUGGAGGAAUCUCUAAUGCUAAGCCAAAUGGCACACUGUGGAAAUACCACUUUCCUUCUGAGAUGUGGAAAAAAGUAGCUUGCCCAAGGGAUGGAAAUCCUUCAUCCAAAGCCUAUCAUUGCCUCCUGGGACUUGGAUACGGUUUCCAGGAGGUGGCUGACUCGUCAAGUGAAUCACUCAAUUACUGUUUGCAUCGGAAGGAAAAGCACUGUUCAAAGCUACUAGCCAUCUCAAAGCAGCACUCCUGUUUCUGUGAGUACUUUCAGACAGAGCCUACGUACCAAGCAUUCAGCAAUGAUGAUGGUAAUGAAAUAGAAAUGAGCACCUUUCACCAACCUCAAAAGGAGCCAGAAUUCUGUUCACUCCAAACUACUUCCAAUGCAGAACUGAGUGCAAUUCAGCCAGCAGGCAGUUUGUCCAAGGAAGAGAAAAUCUCAUACCUCAAUCUUUCAAUGGAACAGGAUCAUGCUACACUUGACCUUCCAGAGGAGGCGGCAAACUUCAGCUAUCUAAACCCUGACUCUGUGGGUAUUUGUGAGCUCUCCACUGUCCUGCUUGUCAUUGGCGGCAAACCUUUCUCUAGUUCAUCUGCAAUCUCAUUUUGGAAAAUGGAGCUGGACAGAAUUUAA